AUGAAGGCUGAAGGGUCCAAGUACUACUGCUAUGACUCCAUCCUGGUCAACGGCAAGGGUCGUGUACACUGCCGUCAGCUCGACUUUGCGCACCUGAAUGGUAAUGCCCUCGAUGGCAAAGGGUGCAUACAGCCCGCAGGCCUUCCUAAUGAGUAUUGUUCGCCGACUAGUGCCGACUAUGAGGUCUUUGAGACAGGCGGCCAGAGAUACGUCAUGAUGAACCUCAGGAACAAUGGCUUCGAACACUCAGUCAAAGUCUCCAUUGACGGCCACCAGAUGGUUUUCGUUGCGAACAAUGGUGGCUUUGUCGUUCCUGAACAAACCGAUGUUGUCUACAUCCCGAGUGCUGCCCGGAUUCCAAUCUUGGUGAAGCUCGAUGCCGAGCCAGAGGGAAAGGCUGACUCAAUCAAUAUCAAGGCUAAGCGCUUACCUAGAUAUGGGGAGCCAAUGGUGCUUCCCGCACCCGCAUCGCCCAAGGAUGUCUGCCUCCUUGCUGAUACUUCCACGAAACCCCACUGCAAGACAACCGAUGGACAAUUCGUUCCUCCUUUCCCCUCAAAGCCUCCUCCAGCCUCGGACAAGAAGCACCCGGAACGCGCUGAUUUUACGUUCCGAUUGUCCGCUGGUUCUCAGCCCUCACUGACGGAGCCGAAAGUCCCCGAGUUCAACCUGAACGAAAAACCCUGGCAACUAUUCCACGGAUCCAUGACCCCUCUUCUCUUUCAUAGACUUGGUCGUGAUGAGGAGUUGGACAAACCUAUCAUUAGUGGAAUGCCAGUUGGGUCUGUGGUUGAUCUCAUUAUAGAGAAUCAGAUCAACGAUACUAUUCGGCUGUAUAAGCAUGGAGACCCAGCCUGGCUUCUUGGUUCCAGUUCUGGACAGCCUUUCCGGGAAGAAUCUGUGGAGGAUGCAAUUAUUGCUGCAGGCAACUCUCACACGUCUCUCAAUCUGCAUAAUCCAGCGCUCGUCACUGUACACGAUCUGCCCCCUCUUGGUUGGAGUGUUCUUCGUUUUCAGGUCACUUCCAAGGCCGCAAACAUGCUUCACUCCGCCAAACUGAGAAACUUUCUGCUCGGCAUGACAGUUCCUAUCUUGGAGGGGAUCAGGGCCGAAAAUCCUAUUGAGAUCCCUGAGGAAGUCCUUGACCGACCGCACGUUCAGUUUGAGCCAAAGAACGACGGUAUUUUUGGAUGA